AUGGCGGAGGCGAGACAAAAAAUCGAGGAGCGAAUGGAACGAUCAUAUGAGUACGAGAAAGAAGCCAGCAUAAAAGGAUUUUCGACUAAAGGUCUGAGACAACCAACCAAGCAGAGUCCGCAGGAUGAAAAGCGAGAAGAAGUCAUGUCUGCGAUCAAACUACUAAUCUCCGAACUGCAUAAAGAAAUUGAGAGUUGUGAAGCGGAAAGAGAGAGCCGAGGCGCUACGCAGCAAACGAUUGCGAAGUAUAAUAACUAUAUCAAAAUGCACAACUUGCAUCUGUCGAAUCUGGAGCGAGAGUUGCGUCGUCUCGACAAUAGACUGACGGAUCCUUACACGAUGGAUCCUGUUCUCAGUAGAACGAAGGAUUAUCUUCAGAACUAUCGGAGCAAGGACUUCGCUGUGAAUGAAAGCAUGAAUGGGGAUCCGGCGGUUGAUGUGUUGAGUAACGAAUCCUCGACUCGUGAGACUCCCGCUCAUACUGAACCCACCACGAAGCAUCAGCCCAUUCUUUUUCCAUCCUUGUCUUCUCCUAUGUUGCCUUUGAAAGAAAAACCCGUUCCAGUGAGACCCACUAUAAAUUACACCAGAGUUAUAUCACGCACGCCGAGCAAGCCUGCGCCUCCUGAACACUCGAAGUCAACUAGUUCAAUUCCACAAAAGAACUCGCAGGCCGGCGAUUCGCUGAAGCCCCAAACAGCAGUGAAUCCGAAGAAUAAAGCCCCCGAGCUCCCAUCCAAACCUACGUUUAAUCCCCCCGUUUUAUCCGCGGAGGAAAUUCCACAGCGGAGCCGAUUGGAGCUCAUCGAUAUUCUAAAUCGGAGUUAUAAUACGAUCAAAACAUCUUCGAUUGAUGUCGUUGACUUUGCAUACAGACCAGAAUCUCCAGUUCUCACACCACUUUCAUUCCCUCAGACUCCUGCUGCGCAGCUGUUCCAGGAGGAAGGACUGCGAAAAGUUGGGGAUGUCGCUCUCUUUUUCGGCUUUGCUUUCUCGAGUUCUUCUCAGCAGCGAUCAGUGAUUGCUAAAGUGCUUGGAGCAAAGGGAUGGAUGUUUAAUCCGGAACUGAAGCAGUGGGUAAUGAAAUUGGAGGAUGGAACGUUUAAAGUGUAUAGUUAUGGUAAAUGGGAAAGUAAAGUUGAAAAGAAGGUAGAUGUAAAGAAAUUGAUAUCUGUUUGGGAUGUUUGUUUUCAUGGUUAA